UGCUUGAAGCAUCAAACAUUUGACUACGGUCGUCCAGUCUUUUUACAACCAACUACCCACAUUCUUUAAACCCCAACUUCACAACUCAAAGACUACCUUGACGGUUUUUUUUCUUCCACGACCAAAUCAAUCAAAAUGCGUUUCUCCGCUGCUACCAUUGCCCUCUUCGCCGGCCUCGCCGUUGCUGGUGACAUCCAGACCGUCUACUCCACCGAGGACGUCACCAUCACCUCGUGCGCUCCCACCGUGACCGACUGCCCUGGCAACACCGCGACUCAGCCCCCUGCUGAGCCUACCGGUACCGCCCCCGUCGAGUCCAGCGUUCCCGUCGCCCCUGAGGUUCCCAGCAGCAGCAGCGUCGCUGUCCCCCCUGCUCAGCCUACCGCCAGCUCCCCGGUUGUUCCUCAGCAGCCCCAGCAGCCCUCUGGAAGCAUCUCCGUCAUUCCCGUGACCACUUGCAUCCCCACCGUCACCUACUCCACCAUCUCCGUCACCCCCACCGUUGCUCCUACCACCUCUAAGCCUGUCAUCCCUGGCAACCCCACUGGUGUCGCCCCUACUGGCAGUGCUUCCGGCACCGCCUCGGCUUCUGCCACUCCUUCUCCCCCCACCUUCACUGGUGCUGCCAACUCUGUCAGCAACUCUUUCGGCUUCGCUGGUGCCGCCGCCGUCGCCGCUAUCUUCCUGGCAUAGAUUGUUUCCCCUUCAUGUCAAUAGUAUAGCCCUGGGUUACUCGUGAUUCAAGAUGGCCACGUCGGGCCUCGCGCCUGGCGUGGUUGUGGUGAUGAAACGGGGUUUGCAUGAGCAGGUCCGGGUGUCGUUUCAGUUUUAGUGUUGUGGUUUGGGGAGAGUAAUCUGAUUCUUCAGUCUUAUACUUCGAUAUCUUUCUUGAUUUUCUCUUGAACAUUUUUCUUUUGGCUUGCCGGAUUGCUUCGGAGUUUUUGUGAAGCUCAGUCUUGGUGGCUGGAUACGAUUUAAUGUAAACCAUGAACGUCCUUCACAUACUGGUCAAUUUCUUC